AUGUCAUCAAGUGGUGAUCCUCCGCAGGAAGACACUUCUCGCGGCCGCGAGAGCAGAGAUUCCAGCUCGCAGCGAUCCUCCAAUAUCAUCGAGUUUGUCGAUAGCCAGAACCCAAAUGUCAGAAGUGCCAUUCAGCGGCACACCGCAUAUCACUCUGCCGCACAGCGUCGAGAGGCACGCUCGCGACUUCUCCGGCGAUCCAGCCAGACUCGCUACUUUGAAUGGACCAGACGUCCCAGGGGAGAGGCAGAUGUUGCAACCUCUUCAGCCAGCAGUGCCAGUUCAGUGUCAAUUUCGCCGGCACCGUCAACUAUCGGAAGACCGGAAGUGCCCGGUCGUACCAUCAGUGACGAACAAGAAACUGUGUCGUCGACAAGUGAGGCGGCCGCAGAUUCCGCAUCCGAAAUGCUACAACCCGCAUCUCAGAUAGCCAUCUCUACUGAUGACUCUGUUCUGGAAUUUUUCAGAGCCACAUUCUGCGACCAUUAUCAAUCAAGCGACGUGCUGGAAUCAGCACUGGUAUUUAUGCUUGAGAACGAAGCUUCUCGACAUCUGCUCAUCGCCUACGCCUACGCAAUGCGGAGAUCGCGUGCAGUUGCCGAGGAAAAUUCUCAAGACCAGGUGGAAGCGGAAAGAAAUCUCAGUCGAGGUACUAACAUUCUGUGGAAUCGGCUCCAGAUGCCCGGCCAUGCCAGUUCCGACGCCAACAUCCAGGCUGUCCUUUUGCUCGUGGCGUACACAGCUGACUUCGGGAACGCCAACGAGGUGCGUCUCCAUGCAGACGCACUGAGGACGAUGAUCGAACAGCGUGGCGGCGUCGACGCAUUCACCCACAAUCCUGCAUUGCAUCAUCAAAUAUGGGUGAUAGAAACAUCGCGACGGUUCCAUUUGACCUUGGAUUGCGAGUCGACCUGCCCGGAUCCACCUCGCUUUCCUGACGGUCUUCGACUACGACGAAGAAGUGAUGAAAGUUGA